GCCGAGCGGUCGCAGCAUGGAGGAGAAGCUUCACUGAGGGAUUUUGACCUUUUAGCGUUUGUCCUACAUUCUGUUGUUGGGUUACAAAGGGUUUUCCAGAAUGUCGGUCAAGCAGGCGUCGGUCCACGCCAAGUGGAUAAUCGGCAGAGUCAUCGGGACCAAGAUGGCCAAAACUGCUAAAGUGAGAGUCACACGCCUGGUGCUGGAUCCUUACCUGCUCAAGUUCUACAACAAGAGGAAGACCUACUUUGCCCAUGAUGCUUUGCGACAGUGCACCGUGGGAGAUAUCGUCCUCCUCAAGGCUCUGCCCGAGGCCAGGUCCAAACACGUGAAGCACGAACUGGCUGAGAUAGUGUAUAAAGUGGGUCGGGUGGUCGACCCGCUGACAGGGAAGAGUGUAGCAGGAGACGAGUUCCUGGAGCCGCUGACUGACCUCGCACUCGACCCGGAAGGACAGACAACGUUAUCGGAAAAACUGCAGGAGCUGAACAUCUCUGCUGCCGCCAGUGGAACCGAAUCCCAGCCACCGGCAACUCCAGCACCGUGAUAGAAACUAUGUUCUUGUCUGUGUUAAUGUUAGUUCAAUGUUUCAGGUGUUCGUGUAAAUAUUAAUCUUUAAAACAAUAAUCUUGUCAUAUAAUAUAUGAAGUAAGAGGGCCUGAAUAUAGUGUACAUGCUGCCUGCUCAGGUAGAUGGAAGUUACACAAUAAAACAUAACAAAACAACACAUAUGCAUUUCUGCUCACAGACUAAAGAUGGGGUUUUGAAAGACAAUAAAACAAAACACACUUUUUUUUUAUCAA